AUGCUCGGCGGCCCAGAUGCUGCGGCAUACGCCGCUGAGCUCCCCGGCUCCCUCCUGCUCAAGGACGUGCGCAUAGCCUGGGGUGGGCGGGCGCGGUGCAGCCAAUCACUGCGGCAGGAGCGACACAAUGUCCUCUACCGCCACGGCGACGACGGCCGCAUCGUGAUCUCGCUCCACCGUGCCCCGGAAGCGAGCGACGAGGUCAGCGGUGAAGGCACACGCUUCGACCCGCUGCGGCCACUGGCCUCGGUCGCGACCCUCGACACAUCGUCCCUGCCGGACUUGUUUGACCGUGGGCUGGGACAAGAGCUGGACCGGGCUGAAGUGGUCGCAGCCGGCCACGCCCCUCUUGGCGAGGGACCCAGCGCGCCGUCCAAGCUGCCCGAUCUGCAGUCGGCGAGGACCGUGAUGACCGUCGACGCGCGCGGAUCGCUCCUCGUCCCUGGCGGUCUCUGCCAUCCCCACGUCCACCUCGACAAGUGCUUCUUGCUCUCGCGCUGCGGCAUCCACGACGGCACGUUCGAGGAGGCGCUAAAGAGGACCGGCGAGGCCAAGCGCGACUUUACCUUCGAGGACCUCGUCGAGCGAGGCAGGCGCCUGAUCGCCUCCAGCCUUUCCCACGGCGUCACGGCGAUGCGCGCGCACGUCGAGGUCGAUCCUACCGUCUCGCUCACCUGUCUGCGAGCUGGACUGCAUCUCAAGGACGAGUUCGCCAGCCGCUGUACCAUCUCGCUCGUCGCCUUCGCCCAGGAUCCCCUCUUUCCCCUCGACGACUCCAAGCGGAACUCGAUCCAGGAUCUGCUCCGCCAAGCCGCUAUCGAGCCGGGCGUCGAUGCGGUGGGCAGUGCCCCCUACAUCGAGCCGCGGUCAUCGGACAGCGAUGGCGUCAAGGGGCAGGUCGAGAUGCAGCGUCGCAACAUCGACCUCGUCUUUGACCUGGCAAGGCGCAACGGAAAGGACGUCGACUUCCACCUCGACUACGACCUCGACGCGCCCAGCCCAGACCGGCCUUCGCUGAUCCCCUACGUGCUCGAUCGCGCCCUCGCCCUGCCGUCCUGGACCGUGGCCGCUGGCAGACGACGUCGCAUCACGCUGGGACACUGCACCAAGCUCUCCGUCUUCUCCGACGACGACCUCGACGACCUCGUCAGGCGACUGCGCGCACUCUCGUCGAGGCAGACAGCAGCCGAGGACGAGGAAGCGAACGCCGACGCCGACGCCGACGCUGUCCACUUUGUCUCGCUGCCCCCGAGCGACCUGUACAUGCAGGGCCGUUCGGAACGGUAUGCGGUGCGGUCGCGCGCCACGAUGCCGGCCCUCGAUCUCGUCUCGUCGAGCGGCGGCGCCAUCAACGUCAGCAUGGGCGUCAACAACGUGGCCAACCUGUUUACGCCGCAGGGCGAUGCGGACCCGCUCGCCCUCUUGCCCAUGAUGGUGGCCGUCUGGCAAAAGGCGACGCCCACCGACUGCCAGACGCUGCUCGACAUGGUCGCCACCAAUGCGCGGACCGCGGCGGGCUGCGACCGACUCGACCCAGACGCCACGUGGGGGGCCGAGGCGUUGCUCGACGCCACCAUCCUCGACGGCUGUGCGUCGGUCCAGGACGCGGCGCUGGCCCCUCCCUUUGGCAGGAUCACCAUCAAGCACGGCAAGGUGGUGGCCAGACGUAGCGUCGACAGCUGGACGACCUAG